GAGUUAAAGACGGAGUGUGCUGCACCAGGACUCAACACACUGGAGCCAGAGUGUGUUACAGCACACAGUAGGGUCAGUGAUGUAUGUGCCACACAUGUAUCAUUGAUUAGAAUGGAAACUGACCUGGGCUCCACCCAUAUUGUGAAUCUUAAGACAGAGAGGGUAGAUGGUUCAGAGUUACGGUAUGUGAGCCAUCUGUGUCCUGACCAAAUCAAAACAGAAGCUGAUGAUGGUGGAUACCUGAAAGUAGAACACAUUGGGGACUUACGGUAUAUUAAAUGUGUAGAUAUGAAAUCUGAUCAGAUGAAGUAUGAAUCCAGUGAAUGUUUAGUGAGUGAUGUCAUGAAUGCUGGGAUGAAUGGAGUUGAUGUUGAUCACAAAGUCCAGGCUGAACCAUGGCAAUGUGCUGCAGAGACAAACACAGAAUGUAAAAAAGAAUUUUAUGACCUGUUGACCGAAUCUGGGGAUUUAAAUCAUCACUGUGACAUAAAUAAUGUGAAUAAUCAGUCUAGGAAUGUCAAUUUAAGAGCAAUGAUAAUUGAACCCAUGAUAAUUAAUUCAAGUAAAAAACCAAACCUUUUGAAUUUCUUUCAAAAGGAGACAAUUCAUAGAAAUACACACUUGAAGGUUCAUACAGAUGAAAAGCUGUACCAAUGUUCUUUGUGUGGCCAGUGUUUUUCCCAAACAUCUACUUUAAAUCUCCACCAGAAAAUUCAUACCAGUGAAAAGCCCAACAAAUGUCCUCUUUGUGGGAAGUGCUUUUCCAGAAUAUCUGAAUUAAAUCGCCAUCAGAGAAUUCAUACAGGUGAAAAGCCCUACAAAUGUCCUCUGUGUGGGAAGUCCUUUUCUAGAAGAUGUGAUUUAAAUAGCCACCAGAGAAUUCAUACAGGUGAAAAGCCAUACAAAUGUAGUGAGUGUGGGAAGAAUUUUAAUACAAAAUAUUAUUUAAAGACACACCAGAUAAUUCAUUCAGGUGAAAAGCCCUACAAAUGUAGUGAGUGUGAAAAGUGUUUUAAUACCAAACAUGGUUUUAAUAAACACAAGACAAUUCAUACAGGUAAAAAGCCCUACAAAUGUACAGAGUGUGGGAAGUGUUUUUCCCAAAUAAGUUAUUUAAAUUGCCACAAGGUGAUUCAUACAGGUGAAAAGCCCUACAAAUGUUCUCAGUGUGGGAAGUGUUUUUACAAUAAGUCUAAUUUGAAUGCCCACCAGAGAAUUCAUACAGGCAAAAAGCCCUACAAAUGUUCUCAGUGUGGGAAGUGUUUUUACAGUAAGUCUAAUUUAAAUACCCACCAGAGAAUUCAUACAGGUGAAAAGCCCUACAAAUGUGCUUUGUGUGGGAAAUGCUUUUCCUGUUCUGACCACCUUGUUGCCCACCAGAGAAUUCAUACAGGUGAUGAGCCCUACAAAUGCACUCAGUGUGAGAAGUGUUUUAAUUCCAAGUCUGGUUUAAAAAUACACCUGACAAUUCAUACAGGGGUAAAGCCUUACAAAUGUUCUCAGUGUGAGAAGUGUUUUUUCUCAACAUCUAAUUUAAAGGUCCACCAGAGAAUUCAUACAAGUGAUGAGCCCUACAAAUGUUCUAAUUGUGGGAAGUGUCUUUCCUCCAUAUAUUCUUUAAAUAACCACCUGAAAAUUCAUACAGGUGAAAAGCCCUACAAAUGUUCUCAGUGUGUGAAGUGCUUUUCCACAAUAUCUCAUUUCAAUUCCCACCAGCGAAUUCAUACAGGUGAAAAGCCCUACAAAUGUUCUCAGUGUGUGAAGUGCUUUUCCUCAAUAUCGCAGUUCAAUUCCCACCAGCAAAUUCAUACAGGUGAAAAGCUUUUCAAAUGUUCUCAGUGUGAGAAGUCUUAUAUUACCAAAUCUGGUUUAAAAACACACCUGUCAGUUCAUACAGGUGUUAAGCCCAACAAAUGUUCUCAGUGUGGGAAGUGCUUUAAUUACAAAUCUGGUUUAAAUAAACACCUGAGAGUUCAUACUAGUGAAAAGCCCUACAAAUGUUCUCAGUGUGGAAAGUGCUUUGCCACUAUAUCUAAUUUAAAUGCCCACCAGAGAAUUCAUACAGGUGAUGAGCCCUACAAAUGUUCUCAGUGUGAGAAGUGUUUUAAUUCCAUGUCUGGUUUAAAAACACACCUGACAAUUCAUACAGGUGAAAAGCCCUACAAAUGUUCUCAAUGUGAGAAGGGUUUUUCCUCAACAUCUAAUUUAAAGGUCCACCAGAGAAUUCAUACAAGUGACGAGCCCUACAAAUGUUCUCAUUGUGGGAAGUGUCUUUCCUCCAUAUAUACUUUAAAUAGCCACCUGAAAAUUCAUACAGGUGAAAAGCCCUACAAAUGUUCUCAGUGUGUGAAGUGCUUUUCCUCAAUCUCUCAUUUAAAUUCCCACAAGCGAAUUCAUACAGGUGAAAAGCCCUACAAAUGUUCUCAGUGUGGGAAGUGCUUUAAUUACACAUCUGGUUUAAAUAGACACCUGAGAAUUCAUACAGGUGUAAAGCCCUACAAAUGUUCUCAGUGUGGGAAGUGCUUUGGCUCAAUAUCAAAUUUAAAUGCCCACCUGAUAAUUCAUACAGGUGAUGAGCCUUACAAAUGUACUCAGUGUGAGAAGUGUUUUUAUACCAAAUCUGGUUUAAAAACACACCUGACAGUUCAUGCAGGUGACAAGCCCCACAAGUGUUCUCAGUGUGAGAAGUGCUUUAAUUCCAAAUCUAGUUUCAAUAGACACCUGAGAAUUCAUACAGGUGAAAAGCCCUACCAAUGUUCUCAGUGUGGGAAGUGCUUUUCCACAAUAUCUCAUUUCUAUUGCCACAAGCGAAUUCAUACAGGUGAAAAGCCCUACCAAUGUUCUCAGUGUGGGAAGUGCUUUCAUUCCAAAUCUACUUUCAAUAGACACCUGAGAAUUCAUACAGGUGAAAAGCCCUACCAAUGUUCUCAGUGUGGGAAGUGCUUUAAUUCCAAAUCUAGUUUCAAUAGACACCUGAUAAUUCAUACAGGUGAUGAGCCCUACAAAUGUAGUGAGUGUGGGAAGGGUUUUAGUACAAAAUAUCAUUUAAAGACCCACCAGAUAAUUCAUACAGGUGAAAAACCCUACAAAUGUUCUCAGUGCAGGAAGUGCUUUAAUUCCAAAUCUAGUUUCAAUAGACACCUGAGAAUUCAUACAGGAGACAAGCCAUACAAAUGUAGUGAGUGUGGGAAGGGUUUUAGUACAAAAUAUCAUUUAAAGACCCACCAGAUAAUUCAUACAGGUGAAAAGCCAUACAAAUGUUCUCAGUGUGGGAAGUGUUUUUCCCAAAUAUGUAAUUUACAUAUCCACCAGAAAAUACAUGCUAGGAUAGGCUCCAGCACCCCCUGCGGCCCUCCUCAGGAUAAGCGGGUAUAGAUAAUGGAUGGAUGGAUGGAUUAAAAGCCCUACAAAUGUACAGAGUGUGGGAAGUGUUUUUUCCCCAAAGACAUUCUUUAAAUUUCCACAAGAUGAUUUAUACAGGUGAAAAACCCUUCAAAUGAAUUCAGUGUGGCAGGUGUUUUAAAUUACCUUAACCGGAUUCAUUCAGAUGAAAAGCCUUAUAGUGGUAUUUUGUGUGUGAAGUGCUUUUCCAGAACAAGCUUUUUAAAAUGCAUGAAGUUAAUUCAUACAAGUGAAAAGCCAUGAACAUGUAUUCAGUGAGGGAACUGAUUUUUCUUUAACAUGUGCUUUGCAUCGCUACAACAUGAUGUUGCAUGUGAAUAGGCCCGCAAUUAGUGCGGUCAGUGUGGGAAAUGUUUUAAUGCAAAAUAUAAUUCAGAGACUUCACACAGAUGAACAGCCCUGUACGUGUACAUAGAGCAGAAAACAUAACUGAACUUUCUGCCAGAGAAUUCAUACAGGUGUAAUUCCCUACAAACAUUUUUUAGUGUGGGAAGUGUUUUUGACAACACAAGCUUUAACAUGCCACAAGGUCUAUAUACAGGUAAAAUGCCCAAUGUAAAAAAAAAAAAAAUUAAAAAAAAUAAUAAUGAUUUUUUUUAUGUAUUUUUUUUUUUUAUAUCAACAUUGGCUGCUAAUUUUUUAUUUUUAUUUUUUUUUAACAAAUUUCUUUACAAAUUUGUAAAAUAAUAUUUGUUUACACAUGCAUAUGGGUUUUUCCACUAAUGUUUUCUCUUAUUAUUAUGAACCUUUAUAAUUUCAGGCCACAUUAUUUAAUUGAAUCUAGCCUGUAUAUAAAAAUUUCCGGAAGUUAAAUUAUUCUGGUGAGAAACCACACAGCUUUUAUACAAGCUGGUGGGACUUUUCCACAGAGCCUUGUUCUCAACGCGCCACAAUAGGGUACUGACUCCUCAAAUAAACUUUCAAAUUUAGGAUUUUUACCAGUAAGUUUUCAAGUGGAACUUUGCACUUGUAAUUAAUUCUUUUUGUGACCUGCCUUCUGUAACAAACCUUUCCUGCUGUAUAGUCGCACAGUAUAUCAUUGCCCUGUGAUUUUCCUUGGUGAUUGUAUUUUUGAGAGGCAUUUGAAACCACAAUAGCUGAGGCAAACUGGAAUCCCAUUUUCUUUAAUAACAAGUGUUUCACCUUUUUAUUUUUUAGAAAAAGUAAUUUCCCUUGGAGUCCAAUUGUUGAUAUAUUGUGAUGAUGAAACUGACACCAGUGUACCUUGUUUGAACGACACAAUGUGAAAACUCUUUGCAUAUACUGCUGUAAGAAACAUGGUUGUGUGUCUUGCCAACAUAUAUCAUAAAACAUACUUAACGGUUUUGGCUUUUUUUUUUUUUUUUUUUUUUUUUUUUUUUUUUUUUUUUACUGCCAAUGUAGAGGCUGUAAUGUGUUAAUGAAUUUAGUUUUAGUUCCUGCUGUGCAUUCCUGAACACUUACUGUAUAUGAAUUGUGUAUGAAAUAAAUUUACAUUGUGAAUGUAAGCA